GUUCCAGUGUCUUCGCCAUACCUAAGCUCUAACCAGGGUCGACGAUUCAGGGUAUCUGAGAUCGCAUAACCAUCCACUGUUGGAUAGAAGUGCAAUAAUGGAUCGCAGGAGGCACUUUUCGAUGACAGGGACUUGCAAAUUCAGGCCUUGCAAGUUCCGGCACGACCAGAGCAACCAGAAUCGAGGCAAUAGCAGGACCAGCUGCCGCGAGCCCCAGGGGCUGUCGAACUCAGAACGCGAUUUUCGUGAGUGGAGGAAUAAUAUACCUCUCGAUAUGGGGAACACACGCCCUCUUGGCGGGAGACUUGGGUACUUCUUCCAGGAGGCUCGUCGACUUAUCGAGGUAGACGUCGGCGUUCUCCAGGAUGUCAUUCAGAGUUUUGCCCGUGAAGGGGGUCUGCGCUGUAUCUGCGAGAUGGUCGAGCAGAGAUUUGAAAGCAUGCCUUCUCCCAGGAAGGAGAACGUUUUCAAAAACCAGAUUCUGCCCUUCUUUGAAACACUCACCCAUCCAAAUGUCCUCUUGUCGUUGGUUUUGGAGCAGUCAGUCGGUACAAUCUACAAUUUCUUAUUCGGUGUUGGAGGAGCCAGAGCUGCACACCUCUUGGAAUAUGUCUGUGAUGUUUUGACCAACAGCGGGAAAAGCGAACAGGAUGUCUCAUGGUAUGAAGUAUCUUCGCUCGUCUUCUCCCGAAUCGUGGAUUUGAACUCUACAGCAUCCGUCCAGGAACCGUUAAAGGUCCAGGCAAAACGAUUUGAGAAUAUCUUUAUCACCAUGAACACGAAUGGCCUGGACAAGCUGCUUUACAACUCCCGCGCUCACUUAGAACGCCUCUUACGUCGGUUGGAAAUCGGCUGCUCUUUACCAGCUGCUUCACCUGCGAGGAAGAAUGAAGGCCAAAAGUCUGCCCUUUCAUUCACUAUCCACCAUGAGCCCCCUGGUGGUCGUCACAACAACGAUCAUGCGGACAUCUGUCAGAUCAGAGUGAUGCCUAGCUACCAAGAAAUCAUGAGCACGCGAACCGAGUAUCUUCCAGUCAAUGAUCCCACGCAGUGGCACGUCGAUGGCCUUGAUGGGCUGCUGGACAGAAACUUUCGUCUCCUGCGAGAAGAUACGGUUGGUCAACUUCGAGAUGCCAUCCACCAUGAGAUCAGAAGGGCCCGCGAACAGUUGCCUCACCAGCGUAUGAAUAUCUAUCGGGAUGCCAGAGUUGUUAAGGUUGGGUUUGAAUGGAUGUCGGGUUUAUACUUUGGAAUUGGCUUUCCACAGCCCAGGAAUCUCAAGGAAAUGUCGCUCGGACAACGCGAGAACUGGUGGCAGGCGUCGAAGCGCCUACAGCCAGGAGCUGUCGUCUGUCUCGUAUUCAAGAAAAACAUUGUCCUUUUCUGCACGGUCACUGAGCCCCAAGGACGGGUGCCUCGAAAAGGGGAAGAGGGGAACAGACCCAGGAAGGAUGAUAAGCUGGAGUCUGGAUCUCUUUGGAAAGCUAAGAACACGGCAUCAGUCAUGUUGCAACUCGUCGAUUCCAGAGGCAAUAACGUCCAAUCCAUUCUGAGCCAUUACACUUCAAAGACGCUUGGUUUCACUCUUGUCGAGUUUCCCGGCGUUCUCCUUCCUGCCUUUGAGCCGACACUUCGAGCCCUUCAGUUGAUGAAAAAAAACGGAGCCUUGCCUUUCCCGGACCUUCUAGUCCCUUCCUCAUCUGAUGCGACUGGACUGGUGAAGAUUCCUCCACCCAACUACGCAGUGAAACCUGGGUUUGCUUUUAACCUCCGCUGUUUGAUGCGAAAUGAUGCCGAUCUUUAUGUUCGACAUGACCAACCUGUUGACAUAAGAAGACUACAAGAUAACUCGAGUCUUGACGAUGCGCAGGCAGAGGCUUUAGUUACUAGUCUCCAGCGGAAGGUCGGUCUCAUUCAAGGACCACCUGGAACUGGCAAGAGCUACACGGGCGUUGCCUUGAUUAAAGUACUUUUGGCAAAUAAAGUCCACGGAAAAGCAAAACUGGGACCCAUAAUAUGCGUUACAUAUACCAACCACGCCCUUGAUCAGUUGCUGGAAGCCCUUUUGGACAAAGGUGUCACCUCGCAAAUCGUUCGUAUCGGUUCUAGGUCUCAGUCGGACAAGCUGGAGCCGUUCAAGCUCAGAACAGUUGCGAAAAAUGUGGACAAAACCAAGAUGGAAAAAUCUGCUCAAUGGAAUAUACAUCGACAGCUUGAAGGAUUUGUGGAAGAAUUCAAUUCAACUGGACUCAAGGGAGACAUUUCCAGAUCGCGCCUAUUACCCUAUCUUUGGAAAAAUCACCUGCAUCACUACAGGCAGCUAUUUGGGACGGACGAGGACGGAUAUAAAACUGUCCAGAGUAAUGAUCCUCACAAGACCAUCAAAGCGUGGCUGGGUAAUGGAAAUGCUCGCAACGAAGAUAUUAGAUCUAUCGAUGAAUUAAAAGACAUCAAUCUUUUCAGCAUGUCUCGAGCCGAGCGACAGGCUUUGCACCAGCACUGGGUCGAUGAAAUCAAUAGAUUCGUACAGGAUAAGCUCAUCCGGUUGGUCUCUUCACACAGUACAGCCAAGAGCGAGUUUGACAAUAUCCGGGAUGAGGUGGAUUUGCGAUGCCUCAAUCAAGCACACGUCAUCGGCCUUACCACUACAGGACUUGCUCGAAAUCUCAAGAUGCUACAACGACUACAGUCAAAAGUUGUGGUAUGUGAGGAAGCCGGAGAGGUCCUGGAAGGUCAUCUACUCACUGCACUGUUGCCAUCAAUCGAGCAUGCCAUUCUCAUCGGAGAUCACCUGCAGUUACGACCGCAAGUUCAGAACUAUGACUUGUCCCGAGAGAAUCGCCGUGGUGGAGAGCAAUACUCACUGGAUGUUUCCUUGUUUGAAAGACUUGUCGAGUCGAAAAAUCCAAUGGGUUCCGGUCUGCCAUUUAGCACGUUGGAAACACAGCGUCGGAUGCACCCAUCCAUCGCCCAAUUGGUCAGAGACACACUGUAUCCACAGCUGAGCGACGAUCCUUCUGUGUCCGAGUACCCUGCAGUUGUGGGCAUGAGAAAGAGACUAUUCUGGCUAGACCACAGAAUACCAGAAGGAGACUCUUCGAAUAAUGAUGCCACGACGACCUCCCACUGGAAUCAAUACGAGAUUGAUAUGACGACUGCUUUGGUCAACCAUCUCGUGCAACAGGGGCAAUACCAAACUGGCGACAUUGCCGUGCUGACUCCAUAUCUCGGCCAGCUUCACAGACUCCGACAAAGACUCAGUCGGUCUUUUGCAAUCACCCUCGGAGAACGUGAUAAGGACGAUCUGGAAAAAGCAGGGUUUGAUGAAGUUGACCAAGGCAAUUCUCAUAUCAGGGCUACAUUGCUGCAAACACUGCGCGUUGCAACCAUCGAUAACUUUCAAGGCGAAGAGGCAAAGGUUGUUGUUAUUUCCUUGGUCAGGAGUAACCCGGAAAACAAGUGUGGCUUUUUGCGCACUUCCAACAGAAUCAAUGUCCUUUUAUCUCGAGCUCAGCACGGGAUGUACAUCAUCGGGAACUCCCAGACCUCGAUUCAUGUCCCUAUGUGGGAAAGUGUCAUUGAUAUCCUGAGACAGAACGAAAACAUCGGGGAUACCCUCGAACUGCAAUGCCCUCGCCACCGAGACACUCCCAUUGCCGUCUCCGACCCGGAUGAUUUCCCCCGGGUUUCUCCUGAAGGAGGCUGUGACUUACGCUGUAUCAACCGGCUGAAAUGUGGUCAUGCCUGCGCGCAAAAAUGUCACUCAGAAAUCCUGCACAACGCGGUUUACUGCCUGGAAGAAUGCCCGAGGCCGCGGAAAGGCUGCGCCCAUCCAUGUCCCAAGAAGUGCGGCGAUCCAUGUCCGCUCAAAUGCCACGUUAACAUCUUCAAUAAGGACAGAUUGCUUGGAUGCGGGCAUCUAGUUCAGAAUCUUCCAUGUUGGCAAGAUCAGGAUCUCUCGACUGUCCGUUGUACUGUUUUCGUCCAGAAGGAUGUCCCUCACUGCCACCACAAAGUCAGUGUUCAAUGUUGUGUUGACGUGGCGUCUUCUAAAUACGAUUGCAAAGCCCAGUGUCGUACUAUUCUGCCGUGCGGUCAUACCUGCAAGAACUUGUGCAUGGACUGUGUGACUAAGACCGAAUCUGGCGAGAUUCGCGUCAAUCACGGUAGCUGUAAACAGAAAUGUGGGCGUAACCAGUCAACUUGUGCCCACGUCUGCAAUACACCAUGCCACGGUCAAGAGCCCUGCCCACCUUGCCAGGCUCCAUGCGAUGUGGAAUGUGGUCAUUCGAAAUGCAUGAAGCAAUGCUGCGACCCAUGCACUCCUUGCGCAGAGGAAAAGUGCCUUUCCGCUUGUCCGCACAGUGCCUGUUCGAUGCCAUGCGCAGCUCCAUGCGACCAUGUUCCCUGUUCCCGACGAUGUCAAAAGACGCUAGAAUGUGGGCAUCAAUGUCCGUCGGUCUGUGGCGAGAAAUGUCCUUCUCAAGCUUAUUGCCAGACAUGCGGAAAUGACGACAUUAAAAACCAUCUAGUUGAUUUCAUUCUCGGAGAAACGUACAACGAAGUUGAUUUAAACCAAACCCCAUGUAUAUUCCCUAGGUGCGGCCACUUCCUCACAGUGGAAAGCAUGGAUGGACAGAUGGACCUCAAGAAACAUUACGAUGUUGAUGUUGAUGGAGUGCCCGUUAGCAUCACGACUGCAUCAGUGCCAUUUUCCAUGGAAGACAUAAAAACAUGUGCAAGCUGUCGUGGACCGUUGCGGGACAUCGCGAGAUAUGGUCGCCUGAUUCGACGUGCUGUUCUGGAUGAGUCGACGAAGAAGUUAAUCUUGUAUCUCAACCGGGAGUAUGUGCCUUUGGCCCAGGAGGUCCCACGUCAUAUUCAACAGCUUCAGGAAGCCAAGAAUGAGAAACGUUUGGAUUGGCCUGCUAAAACCACAAUUGCGCGGUCAAGGGAUGAGCAAAUGGCGGCCAUGAAAGAUAUUAUGAAUCGAGUAUCACCAGGAAGCUGGAAGGCCAUCAUUGAUCUUCGCAAACGAAUUCUCAAAUAUUGCAGCCGUGUCAAACCUGAAGAACAGCCAUUCAACAGAGUCCGGGACAUGGUGGAGAAUGCUCGACGACGCAACAAGACGACAAGCAACUUCGAGUUUGACAAUAAUGUGCUGCAGACGAAAGGAAUUCUCCAAGCGACGGCGCUCAGCAUUCGGCUAGACAUCGCUCUGUUAGCUGAUUUCCUGGCUCUCCGCCAGGAUACUGACCCAAAAAAGGCAAAUAAUAGCAUCGAAAUCAAUUUAGACAAAAAUCGUGAGGAAUGUGAACUGCUCAUCCAGACUGCAGACAGCUCGAGACGCCUACUGCAGCAGACCGAAGGUUUCAUCUUUCUCGCACAGCUUCACGCUCUCGAAAGAUCUCAAUGUCCAUCUCCGGAGAUAGCAGAGAUUCACCUUGAAAAAUGCCACGCCGCUAUUGCCGAAGCCAGGUCCCUUUGCUCUACUUAUCCUGGCCAAACUACAGGACUACCGGACGAGAUUGACGGUGUCGAGAAGAUGCUCGCUGGAUCAACUUUCUACACGGCUGUCACCAACGAAGAACGAAUGGCGGUUAUCCAAGCCAUGGCUCGUGAAUUUCGUGGUACAGGGCAUUGGUAUUACUGUGGUAACGGCCAUCCAUUCACGAUUGGGGAAUGUGGAGGAGCGGUGCAGAGGGCAUCGUGUCCCGAGUGCGGCGCUCCUGUUGGAGGAGCACACCAUGUCACUGCUGAGGGUGUGACUCGCGCUUCAGAAUUUGAGGAUAGUUUCGCGCGGUUGGCUUUGUGAUUCUUGCUGUUUCGAAUUCCAGGGUACGUUUUAUUGGCGAAUGGGGUAUUGGAGCUAUCUGUCGCCACAUCCCUCAAAUAGACCACCUUGGUCAGAAUUAGAUUCCCUUUCUUUGAGGCUCUCAUCUAGUAUUUCUAACAUCUAGCUUGUUCGGGGGGCCGCUGGUUCUCAGGUAGUCCUACAGCAUAAGAUGUCGAUUAUUGCAGUACCUCAAUGCGUUUACUAGGAGCAUGUCUCUACUUUUCUUUUUUGUAAAUAUACUAUCAACAUUUGAGGAAUAAGAUUCUCUACUUGCCUCUACGAUCAAAGACGUUCAUGUAUCCAUUUCUCGGCGGACGGC